AUGGAAACGGAAGAGCAAGAUUCUAGAGUGACAGCAUUGAAUGGCUACGACUGGCCGGUCGCACUUCCGAAAAACAUUAAUGAAGCGGAUCUUCCUAUGAGAGAUAUAUCUUUCCAAGCUGUUUGGACAGUGUCAAGCUGCAAAUCCGAUGCUGAUCUUGAUCUCACGAAAUAUUCUGUUCCGCCCGUUGGGUCUGUGAUUGUUGAAAAUGCCAUUAGUAGAAUUGUGUCAAAAUACGUUAUAAAUAUCAACGUUAUUUCAGAGGGAAACGGUAUUCACGAGCUACUUCAUGACAGUGUUGAGAAGUACUGGCAAAGUGAUGGUCCCCAGCCUCACACAGUUACAAUAGAGUUUCCACGAAAAACGGAUAUCUGCUUUGUUAUGAUGUAUCUCGACUUCAAAAAUGACGAAUCCUACACACCAAGCAAGAUAAUCGUGCAUCUAGGAUCGUCCUUAGUGCACCUUGAUGACGGCUUACCUGUGGAAUUCAAUGAACCAACUGGUUGGCAACUGAUUGAUCUGCGGUCUCGGCGAACGAAUAGACCGUCACGGGCCAUGGUGGUACAGAUACAAGUAGUGCAUAAUCAUCAGAAUGGGCGCGACACUCAUAUAAGGUAA